AUGUUCUCUGAGGAUUACAAGGGGCGACAGAAGAAGGUGUACUGCUUCGUGCACCUGUCCAUCCAGGAGUUUCCGGCGGCUCUGUAUGUGUUCCUGUUGUUCAACAAUGACAAUGUGGAUCUGAUGGCUGACCCACUAGCAAGUGUACCUAAAACCCAUCCCAACUUGAGAGCUGUUGACGGGGCCUUGCAAACCCCCCAGUAUCCAGGGCUGCCAGGUUCCCCCGGGUUCCCUCAGUUACCAGGCCAGCCAGGUUCCCCCACCGCUCCCAGCAACUGCCACUACAAGAGCUACGCCAGGGCUUCCUUACCACUCUUUUCCAAGGUCCCCUCACAGGUUCCCCUGAGUCCCCUCAGUUCCCAGGCCAGCCAGGUUCCCCUGAGUCCCCUCAGUUCCCAGGCCAGCCAGGUUCCCCCGGGUCCCCCCAGUAUCCAGGGCUGCCAGGGUCCCCUCAGUAUCCAGGGCAGCCAGGGUCCCCUCAGUAUCCAGGGCAGCCAGGUUUCGCUGAGUCCCCUCAGUUACCAGGCCAGCCAGGUUCCCCCGGGUCCCCCCAGUAUCCAGGGCUGCCAGGAUCCCCUCAGUCCCCAG